UACCAUUCUCAUUCCCUUUUGAUUGCAAGAGAGGAAAUCGAAGAUGUUGGCAAUUUUCCAGAAGAACUUUGCCCGCCCUCCGCCGGAGCUCAUCUCGCCGGAGCACGCUGGAUGCCAGCGCCACCCUAAGAACUCCGACGAGAUCCUCCGCGACUUCCACGCAGCGCACCCCGGCCACUCAUUCGGCGCCACCUUCUCCGGCGGCGCCGCCCUCGCCUCCCUCGGCCCCCGCUCCCCCCGCCCUUCCUUCCUCCACCAAAGAUUGUUCUGUAGCUACGACGACGUUUACUGCGUGUUCGUCGGGAGCAUCCACAACUUGAGUUCCCUGGUGCGCCAGUACGGCCUCUCCGGCAAGUCCGCCGACGAGGCGCUGCUCGUGAUCGAGGCCUACCGCACGCUGCGCGACCGCGGGCCCUACCCGGCCGACCAGGUCCUCAAGGACCUCGCCGGCAGCUUCGCCUUCGUCGUCUACGACGACGCCACCGGCGCCGUCUUCGCCGCCUUGAGCUCCGACGGCGGCGUGCCGUUGUACUGGGGCGUGGCGGCGGAUGGGUCGGUGGUGAUCGGCGACGAGGUGGAGAUCGUGAAGGGCGGCUGCGGGAAGUCGUACGCUCCGUUCCCCGCGGGGUGCAUGUUCCAUAGCGAGGGAGGGCUGAGGAGCUUCGAGCAUCCGAUGAACAAGGUGAAGGCGAUGCCGCGAGUCGACAGCGAGGGCGUCGUGUGCGGCGCCGGCUUCAAGGUUGAUUCCUCGGACAAGUUCAACGCCAUGCCGCGUGUCGGAAGUGCCGCCAACUGGGCCUCCACGUGGAACGCUUAGAAUCUUCAUGUAAUCUAUAUAGCUGCCGUGUCAUGUUAUGAUUGUGUCGUUCAUUUGAAAAUGUCUUAAGGCUUGUGACUUCUCCAAUUCUGAGAUAUCCUUUCGAUUUCUUUACGCCCAAAAUGUAGAACUUGAAAAAAAAACAUGGUGAGAUGUGUUUUAAACGAAGAAAAUAAAUUGUGAUUUUUCUUAUUGUAUAA